CCCGCAUAACCUCUAGUUUAUCUAGUCACGUGAGGAAGUGAGCUAACGAUAAUCGGUAAAUUGUAGGUUGUUAUAUUAUUUAGUCAUUGCGAAUACUUGUAGGAGAAAGUGUAUGCUUAAAUAACAGACGUUUUAAAGCUGAGCAGGCGCUUAUUUUGUUUUGUUUUUUUAACGCGAACUAACGAGGAAGGGAAAAUGUCCGGAGAAGCUGUCGUCGUCACACUAGAAACGGGCAUCGGGGCCCCCACAUCGUUCCCCGUUGUUCUGAAGAAAAUAAUGGAAAUGCCUCCGCCGAAUAUACUGGACGGCGAUGAAGACACUGACAAGGAGAAGCUGGGUCUGGAUGACAGUGCCGACCUGGGCGGAGGAGUCAGCGAGAUGGGGCCGUCAGCCGCCCUCACCCCUGCUAUCUGGGACAAGACCAUCCCCUAUGGCGACGAGGACUUCCACCUGGAGUACAUGGACCUCGAGGAGUUCCUCAUGGAGAAUGGCAUCUCUGCCUCACAGGGAGAAGGCUCCCUCCAGGGGAGCAUUUCGAUGGGAAAGAAGAAGGCCGUCAAGACCGAGGAGGUCACGCCGGCAGACGAGGGCCUGCUGCCCAUUGAGGAGCUGAGCAAGUGUGAUGAGGAGGUGGUGAUCAUCAGUAACUGCGAGACAGACAUCACGUGUGAUGUUACGUCAGAAGAAAAAACAGAAGCAGAGUGCACGUCCCCAGAGCCUGUCAAUCCUGACGAAAUCGAAGUCGAAAUCAACUACGAGCCAGACCCCACAGACCUGGUCUUGUCUAGUGUACCGGGGGGCGAACUCUUCAACCCCCGCAAACACAAGUUCAGCGAAGAAGAGCUCAAGCCUCAGCCCAUGAUUAAGAAAGCUAAAAAGGUGUACGUCCCUGAAGAACAGAAGGACGAAAAGUACUGGCACAGACGAAGCAAGAACAACGUGGCAGCCAAGCGCUCACGCGACGCCCGCAGACUAAAAGAGAACCAGAUCACGGUGCGAGCGGCGUUCCUGGAGCGGGAGAACUCGGUUUUGAGGACGGAGGUGGCGGACCUGCGCAAGGAGUGCAGCUCCUACAAGGACAUCGUGGGUCACUAUGAAGCCAAAUUUGGAAAACUGUAAGGGACACAAUAUGUGUAUGAAAUAUUGUAAGAUGUACUGACCCAACACAAUACACUCUGUGGGCUGACAAACAGGGAGGGAGGGAGGGAGGGAGGAGUCAUUUCCUGCUUGUUGCUGGUGAAAUGUCCUUCAACACAAAUAUGUCACUCAUCCUUCUUCUCUUCUCUUUCAAGUGCGGUGUCAGAAGACCACAUUUGAUUUAUUUUUCUAACACGUGAAUAAACAAAUGACACACACAGAACAUUUUAAUAGACCGGGUGUAGAAGGGAAGGAGCCACAGCAGCAGCGUGUGCGCAAUGCAAAGCAAUACAAGCUAUUACAAUGUAGCUGUACUUUUUUAAUCAUCCAUGUAAGUGAAUAAGAUGAUAGUCAAGUACAUAAAAUAGAAUUUAAUUGUCAUUGCACUUUAAAAAGUACAACAAAAAUAGUUUUCUGUACAUUGCCCCGAUGUUGUGUAUUUUCAUUUAGGUGACAAUUAUGGGUUUUGUUAUACAAUAUAUCUUUAAGGGAGCGAUUACAAUAUAUUAAAGAUAGUAUAGUUGGUUCAUCUUCACAUGUCUUUUUAAAGAAGUGUCUUUUUUCAUUGAUAGUAAAUGACCGGGACAUGUCUUCAGGGGAUUAGUGAUAUUCUGUGAUUCCUGUUUCAGUUUGUGUGUCUGCCGCUCUUGUCUCUGCACAGCAGAUCCUACUUGAAAUUGUCUCAUAAGUUGAAAAAAGUCCUGUCAAUUGUAAACAAUCGUAUGAUUUCACAAUCCCCGUCCACUUGACAUUACAAAGACAAAAACCAGAGAAUGCAUCUUUUGCAUGGCUGUAAAAGUGUUUAAAUCAUUUGGCUUAAAGACAGGCAUUGGUGUCUUUACAGAAGGCACAAUUAAACAGUUAUAUUUGAUUCCUAGUUUUUUUGGAUCCGUUAGGAUUUUUUUUGUCUUGUCUAAAUCAUUUCAUAGCCACACAAUAAAGUAAAUAUUUUAUUAAGUGUCUCUAUUCCCCACUGCUGUGCUUCCAUCCAUUGUUUUAAUUAAACUAUUCUUUUUGAGUCUUUGAUUCAUCUUCUAACAGCUGGGACUCUAUACAUCUCAUAAAUACCUACAGCCUUAUUUGUUUCCAUUCAAAUGCAGUAACAUUGAUUGGUGUAACGUUGAUAUCAUAUCAAUAUUGGGCUUCCUGACUUGUUCAAGUUGUUCCAAUGCAAUCCAAAUUGUGUAGCAGGACACCUUUUGAGGGGGUUCUGUCAUACUUCUGUCUUUGUGAAGUAGUAUUUUGAAUUUAUGAGUGUGGUUACCUUCAUGUACAUAUAUUGUGUAUAAAUAAAGCCUUGUUGACAAAAUCUUACUGUUU